AUGGACGCUACCUCGGCCCCGCAUCUCAUCCCCCCGGAAAUGCCCCAGUACGGGGAGGAGAAACACGUCUUCGAACUGAUGCAGACCAUGCUGGAGCAGCUCCUGAUCUACCAGCCUGAGGACCCCAUCUCCUUCCUGAUCAAGCACUUACAGCGCAACAAUGAUAAUGUGCCGAAGAUUGUGAUAUUAGGUCCGCCCGCCUCGGGGAAAACAACUAUCGCAAUGUGGCUCUGCAAACACCUGAGCAGCAAUCUCCUCACCAGCGACAACUUGAUAGAAAGAAAAUCUUCCUCUGUGGCUGAGGAAGCCAGGAAGCAUUACCAGAAAUCCAAGAGCGUCCCCGGCCCGCUGCUCAUCAAGCUGAUCCAGCAGCGCCUGACGGACGAGGACUGCGUCAAGAAGGGCUGGAUCCUGGACGGCAUCCCCGAGACACGGGAGCAGGCGCUGGUGAUCCAGACCCUGGGGAUCGCCCCCAGGCACGUCAUCGUGCUGAGUGCUCCGGACACUGUGCUGAUCGAAAGGAACCUGGGGAAGAGGAUUGACCCUCAGACUCGAGAGAUCUAUCACACCACCUUCGACUGGCCCCCGGAACUUGAAGUCCAGAACCGUCUGAUAGAGCCAGAGGGCAUCUCAGAGCUGGAGACAGCCCAGAAACUGCUGGUAUAUCAUAGGAACAUCAUCAGGAUCCUUCCUUCUUACCCCAAAAUCCUGAAGACCAUCAAUGCUGACCAGCCAUGUGUAGACGUCUUCUACCAGGCUCUGACCUUCGUCCAAAGUGGCCAUCGAUCCAAUGCCCCAUUCACCCCGAGGGUGCUGCUGUUGGGGCCCAUGGGCAGCGGGAAGAGGCUGCAGGCUGGCCUCCUGGCCCAAAAAUAUGGCCUUGUCAACGUGUGCUGCGGGCAGCUGCUGAAAGAGGCGGUGGCAGACAAGUCAAAAAUUGGCGAGCUCAUCUGGUCCUUCUUGGAGAAGAAGGUGACAGUCCCUGACAGCGUCAUCAUGAAGAUGCUGGCUGAACGCCUGGACCGGCAGGACUGUGUGCAGAAAGGGUGGGUGCUGCAUGGCGUCCCCCGAGACUUGGACCAGGCACAGAAGCUCGACAGCCUGGGCUACAUCCCCAACAGGGUGUUUUUCCUGAACGUGCCGUUCGAUUCUAUCAUGGAGCGGCUGACCCUGAGAAGAGUGGAUCCAGUCACAGGAGAAAGGUACCACCUCAUGUACAAGCCGCCCCCCACCAUGGAGAUCCAGGCUCGUCUCUUGCAGCACCCAAAGGAUUCUGAGGAGCGGGUCAAGUUCAAGGUGGAUCUGUACUACAGGAACUCCGCCGAGCUGGGGCACUUCUACAGGUGGGCCACCACCAUCAACGGGGACCAGGACCCCUACACCGUCUUUGAGUACAUCGAGAGCGGGAUCAUCAAUCCCCUGCCCAAGAAAGGGCUCUGAUGGGCUCAGAGCAAGGAGCAG